AUGAUUAAAGGAAUUAUUGUUGUGAACAAUCACGGAAAGCCUCGUCUCACGAGAUUCUAUGAACAAGUACCUUUUGAAAAACAACAACAAGCAGUCCGAGAAUGUUAUCAAUUAGUAGUGAGAAGAUCUGAUUCCGUUUGUAACUUUUUAGAAGGAGGAGCAAUUUGGGGAAAAGACACCAAGCUCAUCUACAGACAUUAUGCUACCUUGUACUUUAUCUUUGCAGUGGAUCAAAAUGAAAGCGAAUUAGGAAUACUCGAUCUUAUCCAAGUGUUUGUUGAAACGUUGGAUAAAUGUUUUGAAAACGUUUGUGAGUUGGAUUUGAUUUUCCAUUCCGAUAAAGUACACUAUAUUUUGGAUGAAAUUACUAUCGGAGGAUUGGUUUUGGAAACAAACAAGGAAGAAAUUCUGAUGAGCAUCAAGGAGCAAAAUGAAAUUGAAAACAAGAGCAAGUCUCAAAGUCCAACUGUCACCAAAAUUGUGAAUAGAUAA